AUGGUUCCUCAAGCUAAAGAGUACCCUCGAGAGUUUUGGGUUUACAGUAGUACCUCUAACCCCUGCUUGUUUGUCAAGCACAGUUCCCUCUCCACUAUCUAUCUUUUGGCGUAUGUCGAUGAUAUUCUAGUGACCGGCACUGCUGCAAGUGAGGUAAACAAGCUUAUUACUGAUUUGAAUGAGGUCUUUACGCUCAAGGACUUGGGAGAAAUGAGCUUCUUUAUGGGUAUUGAGGCUGAAAGAACAGUUGCUGGUUCCUUAGUGCUGAAACAAACGAAGUAUGUGAAGGACUUGCUCAAGAAGGCUGAUAUGGCUGAUGCUCGUACUAUGCCUACCCCUAUAAUGAGCGGUCUUCGGCUUGAUGCUUCAGGAGCAGUGUUUGAUAGGCCAACUCUGUAUCGAUCGGUGGUUGGUGGCUUGUAA